AGCUUUCUACAGUUGUCACUGAGUGGAGUUGGUAGUUACGCGAUUUACCUCCGUACCUCAGUCCACUUUCACCAGCGGCUCGCUAUCAAGACAUAUCACGAUUUUUACUGCAAAAUCUGAACUGUGGCUCUAAUUAUAGUCAUUUCCGAACCGAUAUUUAAACCAUGAAAAUAUCGUACCAUAUAGAUCUAGAGCUGGGUAUAUAAAGAGACCUAGAGUAGUCUAUACUUCUUCAUUUGUUCAUAUCCAAGUACAUACAAUCAAAACAAAAAUGGCUCCAGUACCAGCUGCUACAAGAUACGACCCAUCACAAUUCAAUCCAGAACAUAAUUCUAGGACUGAAAGUGGUGCUUUCACUAUUAGUAAGGAAAAUAAACAACAAUCUAAAAACCCUGAUUUCUUACCCACUUGGGAUCCAAAUCAAAAGUUCCCUCCUUUGAAAUUCUUUGAAUUUCAUGAUAAAGGCUUAUUAGCUGAUCCUGAAUUUCCUAAUUUAUUUCCUAAAGAUAUCGAUCAUAAAGUGAAAAGUGUUACUCCAAAGUUAGGAUCUGAAAUCAAUGGUAUUCAAUUAUCUCAAUUAAAUGACGAAGGUAAGAAUGAAUUAGCUUUGUUCUUGGCCCAAAGAGGUGUUGCUAUCUUUAGAGAUCAAGAUUUUAGUUCAUAUGGUCCUGAAUUCGCUGUUAAUUAUGGUAAAUACUUUGGUCCAUUACAUGUUCAUCCAACUUCAGGUUCACCAGAAGGUUUUCCUCAAUUACAUAUCACUUUCAGAGGAGCUUCUAAGAAGGAAUUAGAAAGUGCCUUUGCUACAAGAACCAACAAUAUAGGAUGGCAUUCCGAUGUAUCUUAUGAAUUGAAUCCUCCUCAAAUCACCUUUUUCAGUGUAUUAGAAGGACCAGAAGCUGGUGGAGAUACUAUUUUUGCUGAUACAGUUGAAGCUUAUAAGAGAUUAAGUCCUGCUUUCCAAGCAAGAUUAGAAGGAUUACAUGUUUUACAUACCGCCGAAGAUCAAGCUAAUAUCAAUCAAGAAGCGGGUGGAAUCGUAAGAAGAAAAGCGGUGUCUAAUAUCCAUCCUUUAGUAAGACAACAUCCUGUUACCAAGGAGAAAUUCUUAUUUUUAAAUAGAGAAUUUGGUAGAAAGAUUGUUGAAUUAAAGGAAUCUGAAUCCGACCAAUUAUUAGAAUUUUUGUUUAAUCAUGUUGAGCUGGCUCACGAUUUACAAUUAAGAGCCAAAUGGGAACCCAACACUGUUGUUUUAUGGGAUAACAGAAGAACAAUCCAUUCGGCUGUUAUUGAUUGGGAAACUCCAGUCCUUAGACAUGCUUUCAGAAUUAGUCCUCAAGGUGAAAGACCAGUUGAAGAUUUAAAGUAUUUGAAUGAUGAAACUUAUCUUCAAGAUAAGUAUGACUUGAUUAAGAAGUAAACCUACCCACCACUCCUUCCGUAUAUAGCACAAUUCUUCUCAAAAUGUUUAUAAUGAAUAAAAUGUUAAUGU